GAAGGAAUCCAUGUAAGAGUUUUCCCUGAAAAUUCUUUAAUUUGCCUUCUAAAACAGAAAGGCAUUCGAAGAUCUCAAUUGGGUGAGUGCUUAUUCUCAUUCUCUGAAAAUGUUGAAUUCAUUUUCUGUUAUAAUCUGCCUUUAUCUAGUCCUCUCUGCAGAUUCUAAAUUAAGGGUCUCAACUCUCAACUUGAGGCGCUCCUCUUAACCUUUGGCAACAAGCUUCAAUUUUGCAAUGAAAAAGUGUUACAGAAAACACAAUGACUUGGAUGCAGAUUGUUCCUGUUGCCACUUAAAAGAGCAACUAAAAGAAACUGAUGCAGAAGAUCGCAUUAGUCAAUUGCCAAGCGAUGUACUUGUCUUAUUUCUGUCCCAUUUGCCUAUGAAAGAUGCAGCACAAACUAGCAUUCUUUCCAGAAGAUGGAGAUACUUGUGGGCAUUCUUUUCUGGUACUUUAGAUUUUGAUGCAUCACUUAUUUUAGAAGAAUUAAGAUUUCCCCUGGGUUCAGGUGAUCGAAAUUCACUCCUUGAAGAAAGGCUACGUUUUGUUAGAUGGGUUAAUCAAGUUUUGGGAUUACAUAAGGCUCUUACAGUGGAUGGAUUAAGAAUUAUAUUUGACGUUGGCAAUGAAGGCGAUGUAGAUAACUGGAUCAAAUUUGCAUUGGAUAAGAAGGUUCAAAAACUUGAGCUGGAUUUCACAGAUUUACGAAUGGCUGAUUACUCUGGGCUGUACUCUUUGCCUUCUCACUUAUUUCACAAUUCAAGCCCAAGUUCCCUAACAGCACUGCAUUUGAAGCGUGUAAAUGUGACUGGAGGUAUUCUUGAGUACCUGCUAUCUCAUUGUCCAUUUCUUGAAGUGUUAAGCGUGAAGAAUUCAUCAUCUCUAUUAAGUCUGAACAUUCGGGGUCCAACACUGAAGCUGACGCAUUUAGAGCUAUGGUGCUGCAGAAAUUUUAAAAAACUAGAGAUUUCUGCUGUAAAUUUAGUAUCACUUUCGUAUCGUGGGCCUGAAGUUGUUCAUUUUAAGUAUGUUCCUCAGCUUCUUGAACUCAGUGUUGCGGGGAAUUUCUUUAAAAUCGUUGUUGAUAACGUUUUCGAGCAUUCGAGUUUUCUGUCUCGAUUAAAGACACUUAACUUGCAUUUCCCUGGUCCUCUUAAGCUUUUUAUGACAGCCCCACAACAAUUUCCUGAAUUAAGUAAUCUUAAAUAUUUGGAACUAAAAGUUGCACUGCUAGAUUUUGGGGACCUCUUUCUACUCACUCCUCUAACAAGAGCCUCUCCUUCAUUGCAUAAACUUACCUUGCUGAUAUGUUAUGCAGAGAUGUCAUCUGGAGAUGUACAAUCAUUAAUAGAUGAGCAUGCAUAUCAUUGCCUCAAGGUGGUGGAGUUUAUUGGGUUUGUUGGAAGCACAGCUGAAGUAGAAUUUCUGCUGCAUUUAUCCAAGAAUGCUGUUUCCCUUGAGAAGAUAAUCAUCGAUCCUUGUCGACCAUAUCCGUUAGCCGAACUAUUCAAGUCUAGAUGCCAACUACUCAAGUCAAAGUUCAGGGAAACAAGGGAGUAUAAAUUGGCUAAAGAGCGUGCCAUUGAUCUGCAGCAAAAACUACCUUCUGAUCUUGAAUUUGUGGUGCUAUAGUUGUCUCCUGUGCACAUUCAUAUCAUGGCAAUGAGAUUUUAUAAGCCAUCACACCUCUAAAUUAAAACUCAUUAAUUUUAUUCUUAAUUUUAUUGGAUAUAAAUAAAAUGUAUUAUGAUUUUAAUUUCAA